AUGCGAACAAUACGCCCGGCAGCAAGAAAACCACCUGGUCAGAUUGACGUAUCAGAACGUAUGGACGAAAGCUCUCAUACUUCGACGCGUGGUGGUAGUGGUAAUAGUGACGGAGGGAGUAACACAAAAACUAAUACUCAAAAUGGACGCCAAAAAUUCUCGUCUGCUCAGCCGCAAUGUGGAAAUGCAGAGAGUAGUAGCGCGUAUGACAGGAGCGAGUCCAAAUUGUCAAUUGGACAACUACAACGGACUAUCAGCGAUCCGACGCGUAUUGUUCACGACAAUCAGUAUAACCCGCCAACCAUUGUUUCUUCUGACUCUGAUCUUAGCUCGAAUGGAGAAUUGGUAAAUAUGUCAUCCGAUAGGAGUGGAGAGAGGAGUGGAAGCGAGAGCGGUAGUACCCCAUCUGGUUCGACUUCCAGUUUUGACGGUGUUCCAACAUUAAGCGCAGAAAGUUCGACUAUAUCAACUGCUUCGUUGAAUUCUAUCGGUUCUGACGGUUCUCCUUCUGAUAUGUUCGAUCCUCCCUCGAACACGGUACUGAAUAAUUCAAUCCAAUCAGAAAUGACCAACAACUUUCACAGUUUCUUAGUCCAUUCUGACUCUCAAUAUUCGACGUCAACGAAUGAUUUGCAAGACUCUAUAUUAGAGACAACACAACAGACAGAGCAGAAAGUUGUAGGAUCCGUGCCAAUGAUUUUUAAUCGGUUGGUAAAUCGGACUAUAUCUGUGUUUUCCUGUCUUACGCGUAAUAUCGUGUGGACUGUUGGACUGACGUGUGAAUAUGUUCUAUGGAUUAUGAGUCUUUUCUGGAAAUUGAUUUUGCAAGCAUUAACUUCUGCCUAUGCUAUUUUUAAUAGAAUAUUAUUAAUAAGAUUUUGGGUAUAUAAUCGUCAGACAUCUAUUCGCACGAGGAUGACAGUAUCAGUAUUAUUAUUAUUUUUGGCGGUUCUAUUCUAUAUACCAACGUUUCGAGCAUAUGCAUGGAAAAAUGCUAAUCUUGCAGUCUGCCAUUUGCAAGACCGUUUUGCGAUACAAAUCCGGUUAAUGGCACUAGGAAACGACUGUAAGGGGGAUACCGAUGAUGUAUCUCAAGCAAUUAUAACUGCAGUGACGAAACAAAUAAUCAUCAGGAAUGAAGACGAUCUCAAAGGAAAUCGACUUAGAGCCAUUAUCCGUGCUUUGGUCGCCACUGAAGUACGAACUCAUUUCAUAGAUAGUAAUGAUGGAAUUCAUGGUGGCGAUUCACAUGGACCUUUCUAUUUAGAAUCAUCAGAUAGACAACGCGAUAUGAUAGCGUCUAUCAUUAAGGAAGAGACUAGAGCAGCCAUUAAAGAGCGCCUUCAACUUUUUUCAGAUGAUGUUGUUGAUAGGACUGACUACGCUCUUCGCUCUGCUGGAGCUAAGAUCAUAGGGCAAUUGACAUCGCGAACAUACAUUCAGUAUCCUGACAGUUGGUGGGAGAAACAGGUUGCAUAUUGGUCGAAUUAUGGCACGCUCCAGGGCAAACCUCCAGUGACUGCCAUUAUGCCUUCUAUUCACGUCGGUCAAUGUUGGCCAUUCUCUGGCCAUAAAGGGCAGUUGGGAAUAUUAUUAUCACAACCCAUGUAUCCAACAGCAGUGACAUAUGAUCACGCGUCGAAGAGAGCAGCCCUCGACCUAAGUCCAGCCCCUAAGGAAUUCGAAGUGUGGGGAUUUGUUGGGCAUCGCGAUAAUUGUGCUCCUAAUAAUCACCAUGAACCUUACUUAGAUAUAGUUAAUUUUGAACUACGCAACAAUUUUGCUGAUGAAGCUUAUGUCGAUCCAAACGAUCCUACCAUCACAAAUAUUAUUGGUAGUGGGACUUUCAAGUUGGGCUCUUCCCCAACACAAGUCUUUCUCGGCAGAUUCGUAUAUGAUAUUAAUGGAGGAUCAGUACAAACAUAUGAGUUGCCAGAGAAAUUAAAUAGACCUAUUAUAGCUGUGUUAUUGAAGGUGAAUAGUAAUUGGGGUAAUCCUCAUUACACUUGCAUAUAUAGAAUUCGAGUGCACGGAAAUGCUGUGCACGGAGAUAAUUUGAGGUAA